AUGAGCCUUUGGGUAGAUAAAUACCGGCCCACUUCACUUGAAGAAUUGACUUAUCAUCAAGAUUUGUCGCAUCUGAUUAAGACUAUGACAAGUGCAAGUGAUUUUCCACACUUGCUCAUGUAUGGUCCCUCGGGUGCAGGAAAAAAAACGCGAAUCUGUUGCAUCCUAAAAGAAUUAUUUGGAGAGGCUGUUGAAAAGAUUAAGGUUGACCAACGAACAUUUGUCACACCUUCAAAUAAAAAAUUGGACGUGAAUAUCGUAUCUAGUGUUUAUCACCUAGAACUGACUCCAAGUGACGUUGGGAAUUAUGAUCGCGUGGUCAUCCAAGAGUUGAUAAAGGAUGUUGCGCAAACUCAACAAGUAGAUGUAAAAGCUAAGCAACGUUUCAAAGUUAUUGUAAUCAAUGAAGCUGACGCGCUUGGUCGUGACGCACAAGCGGCAUUACGUCGCACGAUGGAAAAAUAUAUUUCGAAUAUAAGGAUAAUUUUUUGUUGUGGUACUACGAGUAAAAUCAUAGCACCUAUUCGAAGCAGAUGCUUACUCGUUAGGGUGGCUGGGCCUACGGUCGAGGAGAUUGCCAAGGUUAUUAGGAAUAUAGCAGAAAAGGAAAAUAUAAGUUUGCACAAUGAUCUAGCAAUUCGUAUUGGUGAAAGAUCCGAGGGAAAUCUAAGAAAGGCUAUUCUGACAUUCGAGUCUAUGGUCAUGCAACAACCUAAUUUAGGUAGCAACUCCGAAAUACCUUUACAAGAUUGGGAAGGUUUUGUGGAAAGUGUAGCAAAAACCAUUAUGAAAGCGCAAACACCUACAAAUGUACUGAAAGUGCGAACCGAUCUCUAUGAAUUGUUGAACCAUUGUAUUCCUGCAUCUGUCAUUCUAAAGAAACUGGCAUUUACCCUCAUAAAAAAUGUGCACGAAAACAUCAAAACUAGUAUUUGUGCAGAGGCUGCAUUUUAUGAACAUCGGUUGAGGACUGGGCAAAAAGCGAUAAUUCAUCUUGAAGCAUUUGUGAUUAAAGUCAUGUAUUUGAUAUUGAGUGAAAAGAAUAAAAUGAG